AUGAACGACAUCAAGAGUAACCGAGAACUGUACCUGCAGUACACGGCCAUGGCCCCCAAACUGCUGGCCCGAAUCUCCAAACUACUCAUCAUGUGCCGGAACGCAAGCAUCGCUAUCCCUAAGGGCAUCAGAAACAUCUUUGAGUUCACUUGGGAGGAGCUCAUCACUGACCCCAUGGUGCCUACCCCGUCGGACAUCCUGGGCCUGGAGAUCAGCAUUGGAACGCCACCUGUGGUGAUUGCAGAAUCAACCCCUGUGCAGGUUCCUAUCCAGAAGAAGCCACUGCCACCACCAGUUCCACCCCCACCGAUGCCGACCGCAUCCACUGGGCCAGCCAAGUUCACUACCCAGAUUCCCACCCCCGGCCAUCGGGUGCAGUCUGGCCAGGACAUCCUGCACAAGUUCCAGCGGCAAUCUAUCCAUCUGCUGACAGAGUUGCUCACCCUAAAGAUGAAGGCCAUGGUGGAGUCUGUGUCUGUAGGUGCCAACCCCCUGGACAUCACAAGGCGCUUUGUAGAGGCCAGCCAGCUCCUCCACCUCAAUGCCAAGGAGAUGGCUUUCAACUACCUGAUUGGUGCAGCUGGGAGAAGUACCUAUGAUGUUGUACCGAUGAGUAAAGAGUCCUUCAUGAACAUCUCAGCCAUGGGAGUGAACACGCCUUAUCAGCUUAUCUAUGAGUCCUCUACUGGCUGUCUAAGUUUUUCCCUCUCAACUGGAAGGGAAGCCAAGAAGAAAGCAGGCAAACCAAAAAUUUUAGAAGACAUGUCCACAUCACCCUCUCAACGAAAAAUGGUAACUUCUGACAACGCGCAGCUCAGCGACCCCUGCCCUGAGGCCCGGGAGAAGCUGCAGGAGAUGUGUCGCCACAUAGAAGCCGAAAGAGCCUCAUGGAAAGGGAAGAAUGUCUUCUACCCCAUGAUCUUACGCAACUAUAGGAUAAAGGUGCCUUAUCAUCCAACAUCGACCCUGAAAGGGGAUGCUCAGACCCCGAGCUCCCAACAACCUAACUCUUCCAGUGCUCAGGUUGCUAUUGCCGUCCUUCACCAGCCUCAAGUCUCCCGUGCUCACUUCGGCCGUCAGUCUCAGGAGUGGAAGGGAGCCAAGAAGCCCUUCAGGUUUCACUACUCCUUCUACGAUGGGUCUUCCUUUGUUUACUAUCCCUCCGGAAACAUUGCCUUGUGUCAGAUCCCCACGUGCUGCAGAGGGAGAACCAUCACCUGCCUCUUUAAUGACACAUCAAACUUCUCUUUCCUGGCCCUGUUCAAUGCUGAAGGCCAGGGCUGCGUUCACCACAACCAAAAGGCCUGCUGCUCAUUUGUCUUGAUCUUGGAUGAGGAAGGCGGGACCACCAGCGACUACAAGGGCUAUGCAGUUCACAAGUGGAGCUGGGCUUCUAAGACAGAGACUUUGAUCUCCCUGGAAUAUAAGGUGAAUGAGCAAAUGAAGCUGACGGUGCUGGGGCAGGACUCCAUUAUGGUCACCUUCACCUCCCUGAGUGAGACAGUAACACUCACUGUAUCACCCAACAACUGUCCCCACGGGAUAGGGCAUGAUAAAAGGGUGACCCACAAGAUCAGCUUCAUGGAUGAAAAGUUGACUAAGAUGAGCCGAGCCCUGGCAGAGAUCAAGAAGCGGUUUCAGAAAACAGUGUCUCAGUUCAUGAAUUCUAUCUUACUGGCAGCAGGCUUGCUCACCAUAGAAUAUCCAAUAAGGGAAGACACAGAAAUAAGUCGAAUCAAAAUGAAAUCCUGGUUCAGUCUUGAGCGAGCCAUCAAGCAAAAUCUCUACUCAGCAGAAUCUCUUUCAUUACGGCAUCAGUCAGCCCAAGACUCCUUGUAUGGAGAGUUCUUGAAGGAAGAUCCUGGGUCUGCUCCGAUGAGCCCCACUGACAAGAAGACCAUCAGGAUCCAAGCCAAAACCCCAGUCACACCCAGAGGGAAGGCCCGGGAGGUGCGCAGCCCCACCAGGUGGGCAGCCUCACCAUCUGACUGCCCUUUGGUGCUGAGGAAGCUCAUCUGUAAGGAAGACAUCCGAGCUGGCUGCAAGUGCAUAGUGAAGGCACCCCUGGUAACUGACGUGGAGUUAGAACGCUUCCUGUCAGCGCCCCGGGACCCCAACCAGGUGCUGGUGUUCGGGAUAGUGUCGGGCCAGAGAUCCACCAGCACAGGACAGCUUCAGUGGCUGCUCAACACACUCUACAGUCGCCAGCAGCAGGGCCGGGCCUCACCCUGCAUCCAGUGCCGGCGUGACCCCUACCGCCUACUGCGGUACGACCUGGACAGCCCCCUGCAGAAGGACCCGCCUUUGCUGGUGACCAAGUAUGCUGUGAUGCAAGGGAUGGUUUUGAUGUUCGCCUCGGGGAAGCUGCUCUUUGGGGGCAGCGUUUUGAAUGGCUAUGGCUUCAGCAAGCAGAAUCUACUGAAACAGAUCUUUCAGGCUCAACAGGACUGCAAGAUGGGUUGCUUCCUGCCAGAGAACUACAAAUUUAGCGUUUCAACCUCCAUCUUGGCCCUGGAUGACUCUGACUCAGCCUCAGCUGAGAGAACAAUGAUGGAUGACAUUCAAGGAAGCACCUCCUCAUUGACUGUUGGGGACGAGAUAGACGAGUCUCCCCCUGAAACUGAGAAGAAGACGACACAUCCUGAUGAGGAUCUUCCUCCUAUCAGCAAAGGCAGGAGGAACAGUAAGAAGCAAAAUGAUGGGAAGAAACUGCUCCCCAAGAAGUAA